GUUCUCUCCAGCGGUUGGCGGCAACGAGGAACUGAAGCAGAAUCGUGAAGGUCAAGCGGAUGAAAAAUGGGAGUGCAGGGUCUUUGGGAGCUACUGGCCCCCGUCGGCCGCCGUGUCUCCGUCGAAACCCUAGCCGGCAAGAAGCUCGCCAUCGGUAUAUUCAAAUCUCUCCUUUCCAAUCACACCUCUGCAAUUUUCAAAAUGUUUUGUUUGUUUCUUUCCUUUGAAGAUGCGAGCAUCUGGAUGGUGCAAUUCAUAAAGGCAAUGCGCGACGAGAGAGGGGAAAUGGUCCGAAACGCCCAUUUGCUCGGUUUCUUUCGCCGAAUUUGUAAACUUCUAUUCUUGCGGACUAAGCCUGUUUUCGUCUUUGAUGGUGCAACCCCCGCUCUCAAGCGCCGUACUUUGAUUGCGCGCCGUAGGCAGCGUGAGAACGCCCAGGCUAAAGUUCGUAAGACUGCCGAGAAAUUGCUUCUCAAUCAUCUAAAGGCAAUGAGGUUGAAAGAACUAGCUGAGGAUCUUCAGAACCAGAAACAGCAGAGGAGGCAGGAUGUACCAAAAAAGAAGAACUUGCCAAACCAUAAAAGAACUGCAGAUGGUACUUCUGGAAGGAACAAAAGCAUCACAACCACAAGUAGUGGCGAUCAUGAAAAACUAGAUGGAAUGUUGGCAGCAUCGAUCAUGGCUGAAGAGAAUGGAUUUUUCACAAGCAGCUCUUCCUCUUUUUCUGGUGCUGCUCUUGCUAAAGACAACAGUGGUGAAGAGUCAAUACUGCCAUUGAUGAAUGAAGUUGAUCCAGAUGUAUUUUCUACUCUGCCUUCAUCAAUACAAUAUGAACUACUUCAGAAACAGAAAUACAAGAAUGACUCAAAGGGCAAGAAGAUUUUGUCAGAUGAAAUUCAUGCAGUGGGGAGUGAUACAGAAAGGAUGGAAGUGGCCUCAAGAGGUGCCCAUCAGCAAAAUUUAGAUGAGAUGUUGGCGGCCUCCAUUGCAGCAGAGGAAGCAGGAAGUUUGAAUGAAAAUGCAUCCGUAUCUGCUGCUGCAAAUCUGGAUGAAGAUACAGAUGAUGAAGAUGAAGAGAUGAUUUUGCCUGAAAUGGACGGGGUAGUCGACCCUUCUGUGUUGGCUGCUUUGCCACCAUCAGUUCAACUUGAUCUUCUUGUUCAGAUGAGAGAGAGAUUAAUGGCAGAGAACAGACAGAAAUAUCAAAGGGUCAAGAAGGACCCUGCAAAGUUUUCCGAGCUACAGAUACAGGCAUAUCUUAAAACUGUUGCUUUUCGCCGGGAUAUUGAUCAAGUGCAGAAGGCUGCUUCUGGGAGAGGCGUUGGUGGUGUACAGACAUCGAGAAUUGCCUCUGAAGCAAACAGGGAAUUUAUAUUUUCAUCAUCCUUUACGGGUGAUAAACAGGUACUUGCAUCUAGAAUUGAGAAGAGCGGAGACGAAGACCUACAGGCACCAAGAGGGCAGCAACCUUUAAGUUCCCUGAAUAAUACAGAAGUUCCUAGUACAUCCAAUGCUUUGGCUCGAUCAACCCCUGAUAAGACGGGGGUUUUUGAGGAAAAUAUUGAGACGUUUUUGGAUGAGAGAGGACGUGUUCGAGUUAGCAGGGUGAGGGCGAUGGGGAUGCGCAUGACACGUGAUUUAGAAAGGAACUUGGAUUUGAUGAAAGAGAUAGAGAAGAAUGCCAGUGCAAAUGAGGUUGUGAAUCAUGAACCUGUGCAAAAUAGUGAAAUUUGUAAUCCAAAAAGUCAUUCUUCUCAAAGCCAAGAUUUAGAUACUCCAUAUGAAGGUGUUAGUGAAUCUGUUCAGUUGAGUUUGAGAAGCCGAGGGUCGAUGCUAGAUGAAGACACUGCUAUAGAAAUAUUGCUUGAAGAUGAGGGUGAUAAGUCUUUUGAUGGUGAUGAUGAUCUAUUUACUCAUUUAGCCGCUGAAAAUCCUAUACAAGUGGCUUCUUUUGACAAGUCAUCCCAAAAACUCUCUUUUGAUGGUACUACAGAUUCUGGUUGGGAGGAAGCAGUCGAAGGGAAAACUUAUAGUCCAAAAAAUGUUGAAGUGGAUGAUCACCCGUUUGUGGAAGGAAGAGUUAGUGAUGAGAGUGAAGUUGAAUGGGAGGAAGGAGUUUGUGAUCAUGUCAACCCAGUUCCUUUUGGAGCUGCUGAAUCAGGAAAGUCGGUUUCCAAAGGUUCUUUGGAGGAAGAGGCAGAUUUGCAGGAGGCAAUAAGAAGAAGUCUGAAAGAUGUAGGAGAUAGAAAACCUGGCUCUGUACUAUCUGAACAUCAAAAACCAGAAAGUGCUGGGAAAAUGCUUGAACAAUGUACGAGUGUCCAAAAUGAGAAUGUGAUUGGACUAAAAAAUGUGGAUGGUGCUGAUGGAAUGAGUUGUUCAAAAGCCAAUGAUUCUACUGGGAGGAAGGAGACAACUGAGAGUUCAUCUCAAGAAAAGCAAUGUUCAGAAUGUAUUGUGUUAUUAGAUACCACAACCCACACAGUUACAGAAAAGCUGGAUGCUUCUUAUAAGGAUGUUUCUCAUAAAGAUUCAAAUGAAAACGAUGAUACUCUUAAGCCCUUAUCAAGGGAUGCAUCUGGUGCAGUUCUGGUUGGGGAUAGGAUAAAUAAUAAAUUAACUGAACCUCCUUGCCAUAUGGUUGGGAUGGAAGACAGUUACACUCCUGAAGUUGAUUCCUCCCCCAAAGUUGUUGCCAGCGAAAAUCAUCAGAAUUUUCCUGUUGACGAGCUUAGUAGUGAUAUUUUGCUGGAGGAGAAUGAUGCGCAAAAACCUGCAGUUGAAGUAAUAAGCAAUGCAGAGAUUGAGUUUACAGAGGAUGAAUUAACAAAUAGAAUUWCAAUUCUGGAGCAGGAACGUUUGAAUCUUGGAGAUGAGCAGAAAAGGCUUGAGCGUAAUGCUGAAUCUGUCRGCAGUGAAAUGUUUGCAGAAUGUCAGGAAUUAUUGCAAAUGUUUGGCUUACCAUAUAUUAUUGCUCCUAUGGAAGCGGAAGCUCAAUGUGCUUAUAUGGAACUUGCAAAUCUCGUUGAUGGAGUGGUGACUGAUGACUCUGACGUUUUCUUGUUUGGGGCAAGAAGUGUUUACAAGAAUAUAUUUGAUGACCGCAAAUAUGUUGAGACAUAUUUUAUGAAGGAUGUUGAAAAUGAGCUUGGUCUGAACCGAGACAAGAUAAUUCGCAUGGCACUACUACUUGGAAGUGAUUAUACAGAAGGCAUUAGUGGGAUUGGCAUAGUAAAUGCCAUUGAGGUUAUGAACGCAUUUCCAGAGGAAGAUGGACUCCAAAAAUUCAAAGAAUGGAUUGAAUCGCCAGAUCCAAGCAUCUUAGGCACGCUUAGUGCACAAACAGGGUUGAGUUCUCGAAAAAGAGGGUCAAAAGCGAGUGAGAAGGACACAACCUGCUCAAAUAGCAGUGUUGGGGACGGUUCUGCAUCUGGAGAGGACAUUUCUGAAGAUCUGAAGGAAAACAUAGAUGUUAAACAGAGUUUCAUGAAGAAGCAUAGAAAUGUUAGCAAGAACUGGCACAUCCCUUCUGAAUUUCCUAGUGAAAYGGUCAUUUCUGCUUACACCUGCCCACAAGUGGACAAGUCAGCAGAAUCUUUCUCCUGGGGAAAGCCAGACMAUUUUGUCCUCCGCAGAUUAUGCUGGGAAAAGUUUGGGUGGGAUAACUCAAAGGCCGAUGAAUUGCUUUUGCCAGUCUUGAAAGAGUACAGCAAACAUGAGACUCAACUUCGAUUAGAGACAUUUUACACUUUCGACGAACGAUUUGCUAAAAUCCGCAGUAAGAGAAUAAAGAAAGCUGUUAGAGGUAUUACUGGGAGCAAGUCUGCUGUAUUGAUGGAUGACGCUGUGCGGGCUGUUUCUGCAAAUAAACAGAGAGAACUUUCUGUUGAACCUCAGGAGAAAUCUGAGAAAUGUUCAUCAGAAAUACAAGGUUCUUGUUCGAAUGUAGAUGACGUAGAAAAGAGGCUCGGAAAACCAUCAAGGAAAAGGCAGCUACAUGGAGAGCAAUCUCAACCUGCAAAGGGUCAAAAACUAACAAUGAAGGAGAAAGGAAAUCGGAAUAGAAAUGAGGGAUCACAUAAGAAUGGGAGAGGUAGAGGUGAAAGGAAAGGGAGAGGGAGAGGACGAUUGCAACCGAAAGGAAAGAUGAAGGGAAGUCCUACUACUGAAUUGGUUGAAACCAGCUCCAGUGAUGAUGAAAAUGAAUUUGAUGACCAGAAAUGUGAUUUUGUGAACUUGGAGGAGCCUCAAGAAAGGAGAAGAUCAUCUCGGAUCCGAAAAUCUGUAAGUUAUACGAUGGGUGAUGCAGAUCAACCAUCAGACUAUAAUGGUGAUAGAUUCUCCAAUGAUGAAGCCAAAGAGCAUGAUGUGAUCCAUGACCAAUCCGAAAAAACAGAACGUGAUCUCGGAACUCCUAAGAGACCUCCACAAGAGGAUUAUUUUGAAACUGGAGGUGGUUUCUGUCCAGUAGAAGAUGAAAUGAGCCAGGAUAUAGAUCCUUCCUUGGAGGCUAACAACAGUGAAGACUACCUCAGAAUGGGGGGUGGAUUUUGCUUAGACGACGACAAUGAAUGCAUUGACCCGGACGCGUACCCCGGCCGAGCAACUGUCUCAGAAGAUCUCCAAGAUCGCUCUGAACAUGAUCCUGAUCAAUCAACCUUCCAUCCCGAAAAAUGUACAAGUUCAGUCCAGAACAAGGAGGGUACUGAUGCACGUGUAGACUCUCUGCUCGAUACGGGCAACCCAAAUCGUGUAUGUAAUCCAAACUCUUCCCAGGGAGGUGAGGGUGUGCAAGAAGAAGAGAAGGAUCAUUCUGUAAGUGCAUUUGGAGGAGCUCUAAGUGCCAUGCCCAAUCUGAGAAGGAAGAGGAGGAAGUACUGAGACAAAGGUAAGAAUUCAGAUUCUCCAUUGACCUCCUUUUAUCCAUUCUCUUCUUUUGGACAUGUCCCAAACUUCCGAGAGAGGAAUUUCUUGUCCGAGCUAUCUUAAAGUAAAGUUCUCCUUGAAUUUGUGUUUCAUU